UAUUUGAAUAAACCCAUCCCACCAAAAAAAAUCAUUCAGAUUUGAAACGUAUAAUAGAGCUUAGAAAUGUAUAGGUUGAAAUUAUUUUAAAGAACUGUAAAGCGAUGUUGAUAUUAGAAAAAUGGCACAAAUGGGUUUCGAAAAUGUCCUGUUUAUAGCUCAUAAAGAUGAAUUACGCAUAGUUGUAAUUGGAAAGACAGGUUGUGGAAAAAGUAAGACGGCAAAUACUAUUUUGGGGAAAGCUGUAUUCGAUUGCGGAUGUAACGCCCAGUCAAUUACACAAGUUUGCGAAUUAGGGGUGGCAACUAGAUUUGAAAGGAACAUUAUUGUGGUGGACACGCCAGGGGUGUCUAAUACACGUGCAGACAAUGAUAAAAUGCAACUCGAAAUAAAAAAAAGCGUAACAAGGUUUACAGCACCGGGUGCACAUGCCGUCAUCUUUUGUGUGCCAAUUGGGCGAUUUACCCAGGAAGAUAUCGACACUGUCGAUCAUUUUAUUAGCUAUUUCGGUGAAGAAUUAAUUCAGCAUGUUAUAGUCUUGUUUACAUGGUACGAUGAAUUGAAACGUGAAAAUGGCACUACUAUGGAUGACUUUAUAAGCUCUUUAGGUCCAUAUGCCAAAUCUUUUCUUCAAAAGUGCAAUAAUCGCUGGAUAGCAUUCGACAAUACUUUAAAAGGAAAUGAAUCAGAUGAGCAAGUAAACCGACUUAUAAAUAUGAUUGAUGAAAUAGUAAAGAAUAACGGAGGCCAUCAUUAUACCAAUGCUGACUAUGCAAAAGCUGAAAAAGAUCUUCAGGAUAAAAUUGCCGAAAUGAAGAAUUUAAAACAAAUGGAAAUGCUUGAUAUACAAAAAAGGAUACGACAAGAAGCAGAUGCGUUGAUUCGUGAACAAUAUAAAAUACGAGAAAAACAACUUCAGUUUGAAAUGGAAAAUAUUCGCCGUGAAGGUUUGCUCAAACCUUCCAUUUGUGGAAAGUGUGAAGUCUUAUAAUAGACCAACAUUUGCAAACGAACACCAAAGCUAAAAAUUUAAUUGACCUCGAGUUUUGUUUUCACCCGCAGUUAUUGCAUCGACUAUGAUAUCAUCACAAUAUUGUUGAAUAAAUACAUGUUGUGUAUUUACUGUCUUCUGAUUGGUUAAAACUAUUAGUUUUAUUUUCAAUGUUGUAAAAUUUGAUGGCGACACGCCCUCUCUGACGUUGUGUAUUCAUACGCCAACAUGUGUGUACAUUGUUAUU